AUGAUCACGGUCACUGUCGUGACAAGUAUGCAGUUGCCAGUGACCUCCUCGUUUUUUUGGCAAAACAAUCAGCACUUUUGUCCAAGCGGGUCUACGGCAUCUCGGAUGGUGAACAACGGUGACGAGCUAGGAAAUCCAGGGAUUUCGACUGCUGCAGCCAGUGUCCAACACCGCCAAUGCUUGAUUCGGAAUGUAACAAAUCGCUUUUCUCUCGUGUCAGUCCCUCCACAAGGUACAUGCUCGGAUUUGCAGGCUGCACGGACAGAUGGCAGCGGUUGGCGUCAAAUGCGUCCGCUGGGUCUGAACCAUUGGACCGCAGCCUGCGAAAAGAGAGUGUCAAACGGCCAGAGACGACGCAAGACCAUCUGCUGGUAG